CUAGUCAGUGUCAUGGAAUUACUUCUACGCAGUUGUUUACAUUGUAGAUGUAGACUAACUUGGCAGCACAAUUUGCAAGCUUGCAAUAGAUUAAUAGCUUAUUCGAUCUUAUCCUUAGGAAAGACAUGGAAUGGUCCAGUUAUAAAGGACGGCAAUUUUUUUAAUAGUAGGUCAUUGUUUUGAGUAAACUACGGGACAACGGGACUCAGAUCCUCGCUGCAUAUAUUAUAACAGUUAUUCAAAAUGGUAGCGAUUACAAUAACAACAUUUACCAAUCCUUUUUCAUUUCAUUGUUUUAUUGAUAAUGAUAAUAAAAAUGUAUCCUUGACAAAUAAUAUAGAAAGUAAUGAUAUUUUAUGCAUAAACAAAUUAAAUCCGGAGAUAUCAAAUUUACAACACGGACAGUAUGUAGCGGUCAUGUGGCAAAAUAAAUGGGCCAGAGGCAUAGUUUCAAUGGAGGCACAGUUUUUAAUUUGGCUGAUUGAUUAUGGUAUUUAUUUGCGACCAGAUUGCAAUACUGUUUAUGUGGAUUUACCACUUGAUUAUAAAAAGCUUCCUACCAAAGUGUUUGAGGCUAGUAUCCAAGGAGUAACACCUGUUGACAAGGAACUAAGUGAAACCUGCCAGAUAAAAAAUGUAACUUCAAGAGAUUGGAACAAAGGAGCUAUUGAUAGGGCAAAAGAACUCAUAGCAAGUGCCAAAAAAGUAUACUUUAUACCUAUGGCUAUGUUGAGUACUAUGCACAAUGACAUAAUUCUUGGAGACCUCUAUCUGCAAGACAGUAUUAAAGGAACUUUUAAUAUUAUAGAUGAAUUAGAAUUAUGGCCAAUUUUUCUAGAAAGGAAUGUGGAGACUUUUGUGCAAAACAUGCCAUAUCAUUACUCAAGCCGCAGGCGGCAUCGUGCGAAUCUCUUGAAGCCCCAUCUUGCCAACAUACUGUUACCAACGAUCUCAUUGACCAUCAGUCUUGAAGAUUAUAAAAAGUUGUGCAUAAACUUACCAUGUCCAGACACUGCUUCUGCUGUUAGCACUUCUCAAUGCAACUCUGACUCAGAAGAUGGCAGCACUGUUAUAGAAUAUGGCGGGAAUUACAAAAAGGAAAAAAAACUGUUCAAAUUAACACCAACUGAGAUUGAAAAGUACUGUAAUAUGUAUGUGGUAGUUCAUGGUAGGGAAUAUAAUGUUUUGAAUGUGUUGUUAAACAAAACACGAGACUUGAACAUGUGUGAGAGAUACAAAGAUCAUGAUCUGAAGUCUAUCGGGCGAGGGAUCACUGGUAGACCAUCUGAUUAGCUUUUGAUCUAUCUAUAUUUUUUAUUUUUUUAUUUAUUGGUUGAUAUUUUACAUCAUUAAUAUAAUUCCUAUUAAAAUUGAAAAACAAUCAGGCAUGCAUAUAAAAUAAGUUUUUUCAUCGUAUAGGAAUAACGUAAGUAAUCAUUAAAAGUAGAAUUACCUACGUAAGAUUUCAUUUAAAGCAACCUGAUGUAGGACUUGAGACUGCAUGAUUUAAAUUUGUAAUCUCCGCAAUCAGCAAUCAUUUUUUAGGAUGGUACAAGUUUGAAGAGCAUUUUGUGUGUCCACAUAGCAUUACACUGAUUUAGUGUAAAACUAUUUUAUUUGAUGCAUGUUAAAAUAUUCAGCAUGUGGAAAUUUAGUUAUUGUUUGAUUUACUUGAAAACCUAAAAGGUUUUUUUUUAAUUUACCACACGUGUAUGUCAUUGGCGAUAAGCAGUUGGUUGUUGAUAAAGCUGUUAUUGAUUUAUUGUUCGUUGAUUUUUUUAAGUUUUCAAGUUAACCAUGAUACUUUGUUUUUUUUUGUUGUACUUGAGGAAAAAUCGCUUCCAUAGUAAUAUUUAUGGAAAGACCAAAAUUGUAUUUAUUUUUCUUAGGUUAAGAACAAUCGAAUUGAUUGUUGACUGCCGUAUUAU